CCAUGAAAAAAAACAAACCGGCGAAAUGACAUGAAAAAUGUUCAGACUUUGGUCGAUUUCAUCCCUUAUUUCACACUGCAGAAAGACUUUCAGGAUGCCGUUUUACGCAGUGAGCAGAGGCCGACACACUGGUGUUUACAAUUCUUGGUCUGAAUGCCAAGAACAAGUGAAAGGAUUUUCUGGUGCUAAGUUUAAGAAGUUUUCGGCAGAGGGAGAUGCCUGGUCAUUCGUUCAUGCUGCAGCUCCUCAAGCAAUGGAGGUACCAAAAGCUAAACAUAAACCUCUGCCAACACAACCAGUGACAAAGCAAUCUGGUCCCCCAAGGAAAUCCAUUCUCCUGGAUGACAUCCCAAGUCAUGGCAUUGGUGGAUUUGGUUAUCAAAAUCCUGCAUCCUCCAGUCAUUUACAGAAGAAGGAAGAAGACAAAGCGCAAAUUCUGAAAAAGCUUGAUGUGAUUUCACAGGAAAUGCAGAAACUCAACAAAACGGCUCUUGGAUUACGGAAAUUAUUAAAGGAACAUGAUGAAACUGGGAGUUCUGAUCAAGCUCCGCACACCUUAGUUGGGAAACGACAAAGAGAAGAGCAAAUCUCAGGAUCAAAUAAAAAACAGCGGAGACAAAAGCAAAAGGAACCAGAUCUGUUCUCUGGAAGUGAUGCUGAUCAUGCUAAAGCAGUGGAGGACCCUAUAUCUGUCUAUACUGAUGGUUGUUGCCAUUCCAAUGGGCGUAAAAAAGCAGCUGCUGGUAUUGGUGUCUACUGGGGGCCAGAUGACCCAAACAAUGUAGCUGCAAGAUUGCGAGGGAGGCAGACAAAUAACAGGGCUGAAAUACAGGCUGUAUGCAAGGCGUUACGACAGGCUCAGCAAAUGAGAAAAGCUUCUGUGAUAGUUUAUACCGAUAGCCAAUUUUUGAUAAACUCGAUAACAAAAUGGAUACAUAAAUGGAAACGAAAUGGUUGGAAGCUAACUGAUGGAACAAUUGUUAAAAAUAAGGAUGACUUUGAAGAACUUGACGAAUUACAGAAAGGAAUGACUGUAAAAUAUGUUCAUGUGAAAGGACAUUCAGGAGUCCAUGGAAAUGAACAGGCGGAUCAGCUUGCCAAUCAAGGAGCACGAAAACCAGACCAUGAAAACUUCAAAUUCAGUUUCGAAGAUUCUGAAUCUGAUGAUUCCGACUAAUAAAUAAUGGUAUGAACGAAUGCAUUUAAUUUGAUGUGGUGCUGAAAAUACUAAGGGGUAUUUAUCUAAAUUUGUGGAUCAUAUCACCUGUAUUUGUGCUACAGCAGGAAACAGCAGUUUGUUUGAAUCUGCUGGACAGUGUCAUAUAUCGAUGUGUUCAAAUAGAUUACUCAUGUACAUUCAUUUGGAUUUAGUACAAUGUACUGAAGUUGAUCAGAUAUGAAUUGACACGUACCACAAGGACUGGAAUUUUUCUGUUUGGUUUAUUAGUGUGCACAAGGACAGUCUUUGACUAUGUUUGAUCGUGUUCGAAUUGCCACUAGAGUGUAUUCUCCUCAACUCAUUUUGUGUAGAUGGCAAAUCUCUUGGGAUGCGUCAUUCAUCAUUUUGUUUAUGAUAAUUGGUAAAACAUAUUUAUACUAAUUUAGGGACAAUUAUUGGGAAUACCAAGUCCUUACUGGUUGUUUUGUGACCAUGGUAAAAUCAUUUUUGUUCAUGCACACAGAAAGUUUCUAUUGUAAA